AAUGACAUUAGCUCGCUAGCUUUCAGUCCCCACAGCAGCUUAUUCCAGGGCAACGUUUUCACCUGAAGUGUUGUGUUCUGUGUAUUCUGUGACAGUGGGAUCAGUGGACGUUUAAGACAGUAAUACCAAACCAAGCAUUUGUUUCUUGCCGUAAGAUUGGCUGAGUUUCUAAUGCCAGCUAGCAAGCUAACUUGGUUCACUUGGUUCCCUGUCCACUGAGAACUGUUUAGAAGAAGCCGCUGUUUCAUAACUUUUGUUGCUAAAUGAUUUUAAGCCUUUGACACGAAGAAUAACCCACCAUUCCUCUCUUUGAAGAUGAGCCAUGCAUGAAUUCCGAGGAAUACUUCCAUUUCUCAAAGACAAUGUUUAAUGACACCUUCAUUAAACUCAAAUGGCUCAAAGAACAAUGCGACCCUCCUGUAAACCUGAGUAUUUCAUGGUAUCUGCGUAGCUCUCGUUGCUAUGAUGAGGUGUUCGUCCUAGAUACUCAAAAGGCGAAAGCAUACUUCAACACUGAUGCAGUGCAUCAGGAGGGUGGUAGUGGUUUCUAUGUCUCUCACCAGUACAGUCCGAUUGAGUGCCAUCAGCCCAUGACCAACAAUGAUCUGGAACUGUCGAGACUUGAUAAGCCUGUAGUCCUGAGAUCUGAAGAACAACCGACAACAUCAGGCACUUCAGGGAGGAAAAGGAGGGCCUCAGAGGGAGAUGAGUCGAAUGAUAAAGUUUUGGUUCCUGCUGCCAAGGAGUCAGGCAAGGAUGGGGACAGCAAAGACAAAACUUCAGCACUGAUCCCUACACAUCAUGCGGUGGCACAGACAUGGGAGGACAGCCCUUACAUGUUUAUCAUCCGCAUUUUUCAAAUGAACCCGACUCAAGAGAAAGAGAACUGGGAAAUCGAAUUGGAAGUCAGCAUGGAGGGGCCGUAUCAGUAUAUCUCAGCGUCUGAGUGGCCUUUGAUGAUUUUUUACAUGGUGAUGUGCAUCAUAUACGUGGUGCUUGGUGUACUGUGGCUUGCUCUUUCUGCCUGCUACUGGAGAGACUUGUUGCGGAUCCAGUUCUGGAUUGGCGGGGUCAUCUUCUUAGGAAUGCUAGAGAAGGCUGUCUAUUAUGCAGAGUUUCAGAGCAUCCGGUAUGACGGCCUCUCAGUCCAGGGAGCGGUGGUGUUUGCUGAGGUGCUUUCUGCUGUGAAGAGAACUCUGGCUCGAGUACUUGUCAUUAUUGCCAGCCUUGGUUACGGCAUUGUCAAGCCUAGGCUUGGAGCAUUGCUGCACAGGGUGGUGGGAGUAGGACUGCUUUAUCUCAGCUUCUCCAUUGUAGAGGGGGUCCUUAGAGUCACCUCGGAGCAUGGAGGCUCCAGCAGACAACUGUGUGACAUUAUUCUGGCUGUCACUGACUCUUGCAUUGCGUGGUGGAUCUUCAUAAGCCUGGCACAGACCAUGAAACUUCUGCGGCUUAGGAGAAACGUGGUGAAGCUUUCCCUUUACCGCCACUUCACCAACACCCUCAUAUUUGCUGUCAUAGCUUCUGUCAUUUUCAUUAUUUGGACAACAAAGACCUUCAGGUUAUCUAAAUGCCAGUCUGAUUGGAGGGAGUUGUGGAUAGAUGAUGCUUUCUGGCGUUUCCUCUUCUCUACUAUCCUGCUAGUCAUCAUGUUCCUAUGGAGACCAUCUGCCAACAAUCAGAGGUAUGCCUUCAGCCCACUGGUGGAUGAGGUUAGUGAUGAGGAGGAAGCGGAGCAACUAAUGAAUGAAGCCUUUGAAGGUGUGAAAAUGAGGGGUAUUAAAUCAGAGGCCAAUGGAAGUGCGAAGCCUAAUAAAGUGGAUGAAGAUCUGAAAUGGGUUGAAGAAAACAUUCCCUCUUCAAUAGCUGACGUUGCACUGCCCCCUCUGUUGGACUCCGAUGAGGAAACCAUGACGACAAAGUUUGAGAUGUCAAAAAUGGAAUAGAGCCACAAUAUGUGUACAUAUUGUAAAUAUUACCAAUGUCUGUGACUAGUUGUUUUAACGAAAUAUAAGCUUUGUAAGCGAUGGAUGUAAAUACGUGUGAUGUUGAUAAUGAGGGGUAAGAAACCGAAUGAUUUUUAUUUGUAUUGCCUGUAUUGCCUGUUUGUAUUUAUAUUUUCACUGGAAUGGUGUCGGUUUCUUUAACACAAACUAUAAUAUCGCCUUUUUGUUUGACAUUUGUUUACAUAUCUGAAAUGCGAAAUGUGAUUAAAAAAACACUAGUCUAAACUUCUUAAAAAAAUAUCUUUUGUGCAGCAGUUUUCAUCUUUAACAUACAGAUAAAGCCAAAAAACUAUUUCCCAACCUGUUGUCACCUGUUUUGAGUUAAAAUGCCUUUAAGUCUAGCUGGUUUGACACCCAUUGAACAGACUGCCUCUCAAGAGAAUAUUAUCUAAAAUGAGUUUAAUGAUUCGUGCAUUAUAGUCAAUGCACACUCUGCCUCCGGGCAUCCGAGAAUGACAACAGUGGAAAAAUUGGGUUACAUAUUGUUGUUGUUUUUUUAUUAUUUAAAAAUUGAAUGUCUGAGUUUGUUGCUCUCAAAAAUUACCUCAAAAUGGAAAUUCUCUAUCAAAAUGUGCAUUGUGACUGAAUUCUCUGUCAAUUCAAUACUAGUAUUAUUGACACAUAUGUAUUCUAAUUUAUAGCAGUCAUUUGACAGACUGCUUAGUGUUUUGCCUUUUGUUUGAUUGGUUGGUCCUGGGUUGUAUAUCUGUAUGUAAAUCUAUGGAUUAAAUCUGUAGAGGAAAGUAGGUAAUUUAGGGCAAGAGGUGUUGAUGUAACAAAACAUCAACAUUCCAGACUCAGUGAAGUUCAUCCAGCUUUCAGCUGUCAAUAUAAAUUGAUUUUCUUCUAAGGCUA